AUGCCUAUUUCCAGCUCUAAUUUUUCGCAACGUAAGUUUUGAUUGAAUAUGUCGACGGAAAUUUGCGAUUUCUCGAAGAAAGUAUUAGCAUAAUCGCCUAGAACUAUGUUAAGGGAUACUGUAGGUGCUGUAAAAGGUAUAGCAAGUCAGUUAAGAAACCUUAUUACUAUUUUUUAAACGAUUACAGCUGUAUCCUGAAGUAAUUCCCCAGCCCUUCUGAAAUCGAAAAACCCAGAUUCGUAUCAUAUUUACCGUAACCCCUAAGCCCAGUAGAACUUGGCCAACCGUCCGCCAAGUAGCGAAAAUAAAACUGCUUCCACCCUUGCCCACCGCCGGAGGGCUCCAAUCGAAUUCCGCUGAUAAGCGUUUUCCUGUUCCGGUCGGCGGAAAUCGGCGGACCAAAAUUCUUGUCGCUUCCGUUUCCUUUUCCCGAAUAAUGUUUUAGGAUCUGGGCUUUAUUUACAUCAAAUCUGGAAAUCCCAGGGUCUUACAGAAACGCCUCAGGGCGCAUUUUAGUUGUAAAAUUUGCUAGCAUCCUCUUUUUACAGAUGUCCCGACAAGUUCGGCGCCUUCUGCAUGGCCUGAGGGUUUCUCCACGCUGUCAGCUCUUAAUGAUAGCUUCUCGACCAGCUAUGUUCAGCCAAGUGGACAUUCACAAUAUGAUAUUACGGUAAAUCCAUUGUUGACGCAACCGUUGGAGCAACCACGGGCGUUUUGUGCAGCAAGGCCUGAUCAACUUUUGGCAGCGGAGAAUCUACAGUAUACUGCAUUUCUGGCCAGACUCCCACCUCAAGGUAAGGCAUCAAACCAAAGUUUAUAUUCGAGAUUUAAGAUGCUAAAAUUUUACGUUAAAAUAUUUUUUCUUUAGCAUUGGGAAGCGGCCAAGUCCAGCUCUGGCAAUUCCUCCUUGAAUUGCUCGCGGCUGGCGAGCUCAACGGUCACUGCAUUGCAUGGGAAGGCCCCCAGGGCGAGUUCAAAUUGAUUGAUCCAGAUGAGGUUGCAAGGAAAUGGGGAGAACGGAAAAGGUAAAGAUAAUCUGUUAAAUAUUUUGAUAGAAAGGACUGUUACAGUAAACCCAACAUGAAUUAUGACAAGCUGAGUCGAGCCUUGAGGUAUUACUACGACAAAAACAUAAUGAAGAAGGUGCAUGGGAAGAGAUAUGCGUACCGAUUUGAUUUCCACGGACUUGUUCAAGCUUGUCAAAAUAUCACCAUGAACAGUAUGAAUUCUCAUGCUCCUGAGGUGGUGGUGACAACAAGGCAGCAAGAUUUUUCUGGGAAUUUGUAUCAGAUCAAUAUCGAUAAACCCGGUAUGUUGACGCAGAAAAAUAAAAAAAAAAUCAUAAAAUUUUGAUAUGAUUUUUUACUUUUCUAGAAGCCGAUACAGCUUGGUCUCGGAUCCCUAAACUUGCUACCACUCAGCCCCAUAUGAUGCCUGUAGUGUAUCAAAAUGUAUAUGACCGAGUUCCCCAAGCUGCUGAGUAUGCCCAGCUACAUUUAGCCGGCCAGUAUUGGCCUCAAGCUCCCAAUGGUCCAAUCGAAGGAUACUUCCCUCAAGUCGCCCAGCCAACUCCUUACUACUCAAAUCCAGAGCCACAGAGUACACUAACACUACUGGAAGAUAACAAUACCAUUAAAAGUGGAGCAGUCGAAUUGGGUCAAAAAGAGGCGGAGAAGAAUGAACAGAAGAAAUAA